GGUUUUGAUGCGAAUGCAUAAGUUACCAAACUUCAUGUACUUGAAAACAAAAUAUAUGAAUUGUGUGCACUGACUAACAAGUAAAACGUGCAGCUUUGACGCUUCACAAGGAUGAGUGGACGACUAACAAUAACAGUGAAUGACAUUUUAAAGGCUAAGAACAGAAUCCACUCGUGUGUUCAUACCACACCUGUGUUCACCAGUUCAACAUUUGAUGAAAGUUAUGGCAGAAAGUUUUAUUUUAAAGCCGAAAAUCUUCAGAAGACCGGGUCGUUCAAAGCCAGGGGGGCACUUAACGCGGUGACGGUGCUAAAAGAGGGCGAGAGUCCACCCAAGGGCGUGGUAACGCACUCUAGCGGGAACCAUGGGCAGGCACUGGCUUGGGCGGCGAGGAUGCGGGGACUUCAAUGUGCCGUGGUGGCCCCUAACAAUAGCCCCAACGUCAAGCUGGAUGCCAUCCGCGGGUACGGUGCCGAUAUCGUCAUCUGUGAUCCAACACCUACCUCCAGACAGGAGACUUGUCAUCGGAUAGGGCGAGAAAGAGGCUUCCAUUUUGUGCCGCCAUAUGAUCAUCCGGAUGUCAUUGCGGGACAGGGGACGUUGGGUGCCGAGUUUCUGGAGCAGAUCCCUGAACUGGACGCCAUCCUGGUUCCCACGAGCGGCGGCGGCAUGGUUUCCGGCAUUGCUAUCGCCGCUCAAGCCCUCAAACCCGAUCUCAAAGUUUUCAUAGUGGAGCCCAAUGGAAAGGAUGUUGAGAAAUGCUUACGGGCAGGUGAGCGCCUGUGGCCGAACCCGCCUCGCUUCCUUGAGACGAUCGCGGACGGCAUCCGACUGCAGCAGCUCGGCCACGUGACCUGGCCUAUUAUCCGAGAACUCGUGCAGAAAGAUGUCUUCUCUGUGACGGAUGAUGAAAUAAUGAAAGGAAUGAGAUUUGCUUUCGAACGAAUGAAGCUGGUGGUCGAGGCGGCGUCGGGUGCUGGUAUCGCUGCGGCCAUGUCUGAGCGGCUGCGGCAGAUGGACGCGGCGCUCCGGCACGUGGGGGUCAUCCUGUGUGGUGGCAACACGGACAUCGACCGCCUGCCUUGGUACCCAACACCAGCACACUCCUGAUCGCUCCUCAGAUGCAAACACGCAACACGUUUCAAUGAUCGAAGUGUUCAAAUGUUUCAUUCUUUUACGUAUUUUGUACAAACUUUAUUUAGAUGGCCUGUUUUCUGAUGAUAACACGCCAGAAAACUUAUCACAGUUUUAAACACGUAUUCAAACAGUAUAAUUAUAUUAGUGUUGAUAUUAUGUGUACUUUUAUUCACAGUUAUUUGAUAUUAAUUAGACAACUAUAUUACUGAUAUUUUAUGUAAUAACUAUGUAUUAAAAUGUUUAAUAAAGAAUCAGGAAACCAACUGUGUUUAAUAAGAACAAAAUUCCGUUCCCAAAUGUUUAAGCAUUAUUAUUCGAGAGGUCUCUUACAUUAAUUUCUACUGCUGCAAGUACCUUAUCUCCUUAUCUCGUUGAUACUUGUGAAUGUAUGCGGAUCUGAUUAUUCAAAGAACUUCAGUCUAUGAAAACGAUGCGCAAUAUGAACAUUGCGUUUUUCUUUACUUGUUUGGUCGGAUUUUUCAUCCGAGGCCAUUAUGGGAUGUACUUUGCCGGUGAGUGCGACAUGAGUAGCCUGAGUACGCGGCAGGCCACCUGUCCUCCGGGCUCCUGCUGUUGUAGCGACCCAUCGGAGCCCAAUGUCAACUACUGCAAGCCAGUGAGUGGCGAGGGCGGCCCCUGCUAUGCCAAGGCGGUGGAGUGGCCCGGAAGCUGCCCCUGCCCCGUUCACAUGACAUGUGUGCCCAAUCUACAGGUGCCAACGUGGACCUCGACGUACGGGCGCUGUCAGAACGAAACGAAAUAGUAAUUCGAUUGCCAUGAUUAGACAGUGUGAAAAUGAACAUUUCCCGGUUAAUACGUUCCCAUCGAAAGUGUGUUCGCUUUUCUUGUAAAAGUGUGUAUCCACAGUAUUGCAAUAUUUUAUCAAGGUCAUAUGUAAUAAAUCCUUUUAUAAACGCUAA